AUGCACUUAUUCUAAUAUUGCAUCAACUUUAACACUAAAUCAUAAAAAACUACCUUUCUAAUUGGAAAUUAGUUUCAAUAUAAAUAGAAACUAAUAAACGUAUUUUUAAAUUAUUAUUUAGGUGUUGAGUUUUUAGAUCCUUUUAGAUUUUAAAUAAUUGAUGAUAAAUUUUCAUUUAGAGGCAAUAUUGUAAUCUAAAUAUAUGAAGUAUAUUGUAUUGCUCCAUUAAAUAGAAAACCAGGACUCAUAAUUAAUUAUUCACCAGAUUACACAGAAGAUAAAAGGUACAAAUAUCAAUCAAAUUUAGCAAAAGUAAAAUAUGGAAUACCAUCUCUUGUUUUCAAUAUGAUACCAACCCUAAUUAAUUCUUUUUAUCCCAAAUUUGA